AGCUAGCUGUGCCCGUCAUACCACAAAGGCUGAAGUUGUCAAGCUGCUCUCUGAGUGUUGUUGACGUUUCCUCUUCCGCACUAACCGCAUUCAGUGUGGUACUAAUACUAGUCGGCACCAGUACUGCACGCUUUCCACGACAUCAACUUUUUUUUAAAGCUGAUACAAUAAUUACACCAGGACAAAAACUGCCAGCCAGGGUGUGUCAGGAGCUGCUCCCUUCUACGGCGAGCGGGAUGGGCCAAACUCGCUCAACUCCCUCGCAUGGCACCAUUACCCCCGGCGGAGCGCUGUGGAAAGCAAGCCAGGCGACCCGCUCGCUCGACAGCCGCAGAUUAGGGAGCGGGAGAAAGCGUCGACCCCUCCGGCUGCACGGGAACCUAAUGAAAAAACAAGCCUUGUCGUGUUUGGGAAGGAGAAAGCGAGACUCCAGCCCGACGAGAGAGGAGCAGAACUGCGGAAACGCAGCCGAAGAAGCAGCCGAACGCAGAGAGGGAAAGUUACCCAGAGACGAGGCUGUGCCCGCGGCAGAGGAGCAGUGGGUCGCCGCGGGUUGCUUUUUGGAGGCAUCGCAGGGCCAAGAUGCAAGCAGUCAAGCGGGUGUUGGAAGGACGGUUGAUCCGUCCCAUGUGUUAGGUAUUAAUAGGCGGAGUGGCGAAGAUAGAGCUGCGGGCUUCCAGGAGACGAUAGCCGGGCAGGAGGACCAUGCAUCGGACGCCAUGGAAGAGCAGCAGCUGCGGGGAAGCAGCCAGCAUUGCAUAGGAGGGCUGAGCGGGACUGGGGGGGACACUUCGCGGACUUGUUCAAGCUUAGAUGCGGUUGUGGACAGUGGGGUGUUGGAAGUGAAUGAUUUGAUGACAAGUGCCGAAGACGGAAACACCGUAGCGGAUAUCGGAAUGCAAAUCGACACUGAUGAGCCUACUCGUAUUCGAACGUUCCCUGGGACCAUACCGAAACUAAUCAUCACGCGGGACCCCAGCCCCAGUCGGACCCAGGAGUCGCCCAACCAGCUCACCUUCCGCAGCGGGUCCUCCUUUGAGCUUCACCCGGACGACGAGUCUCCCUGCUCUGACAGCGGCUGCGGAGGGUCCCCGUUUCUGAUGCGGUCGCCGAGGAAACUGUCCAACUCCUCUUCCAUCGGCCUGUCUUCGGUCUCGUCCUUUGAGGAGUCCGAGGACGACUUCGCCGGCAGCGACAUCGAGUCCAGCCUGUCUCCGACCAGGUCUUCGUGUAGCCCGGACGAUGGCUCAGCGAAUAAAUCCUGGCAGAAGUUGAAGACCAUGGUGCACUGGUCCCCCUUCGUCGUGUCUUUCAAGAAGCGCUACCCUUGGGUGCAGCUCGCCGGCCAUGCAGGUAACUUCCAGGCUGGGGAAUAUGGUCGCCUGUUAAAGCUGUACUGUGAGUGCGAGCAACAAUGCCUGCAGAAGUUGAUGAAGGACACGCUUCGGCCCUAUGUGCCUGGUUAUUAUGGUGUGGUGCAGAGAGAUGAGCAGGACUAUAACCUCAUGGAUGAUCUGCUGGCUGAUUUCGACUCGCCCUCCAUCAUGGACUGUAAGAUGGGCAGCAGGACCUAUCUGGAGGAGGAGCUGAUGAAAGCGAGAGAACGUCCACGUUUGAGACAGGAUAUGUACGAGAAGAUGGUCGCUGUGGAUCCCGGGGCGCCGACAGUGCAGGAGAGAGCUCAACAGGGCGUCCUCAAGCCCAGAUACAUGCAGUGGAGGGAGACGAUCAGCUCCACGGCGACCCUGGGCUUUCGCAUUGAGGGCAUCAAGAAAGCCGAUGGCACUUGUAACACUAACUUUAAGAUGACCAAGCUCAAAGAGCAAGUGAUGCGGGCCUUGGAGGACUUUGUGGAUGGGAACACUCAGACACUGAAACUUUACCUGCAGCGGUUGGAGGAACUUCGGUCCGUGUUGGAGCAGUCCGAGUUCUUCAAGACACAUGAGGUGGUGGGCAGCUCGCUGCUGUUUGUGCACGACGCCUCGGGGAAGGCCCAAGUGUGGAUGAUCGACUUCGGGAAGACCGUGCCCCUGCCCACCCCCAAAACCCUGAACCACAGGACCCCCUGGGAGGAGGGCAACCAGGAAGACGGCUACCUGUGGGGACUGGACAACUUGAUAGGCAUCUUCAGCGCCAUGCUUCCGCAGUCUCAGACAUCUUGAGCGGGACUUUUUGAUGAAGGAUGGAAGAUUGAACAAAAGUGUAAAAUCUGGACUUCCGCUCCACGCCAACACGUCUUUUCUGUUGUACCAUUGCCGGACUUUUACUGUAAAGUGGAAUUUGCCUCUGCUUGGAGACACUUGCAACAUAGGACUACUUGUCUCCCUCUUCUGGUUAGAGGUGCACAUUACACUGAGAUCAUCUGCACAAAAAUCUUUUCUUGCUGCCUUGGAGGUUCUUGCAUUGAAAUCUACUGCAACACUAACACACUGGUCAAAACCACGUGUCUAGCAACUUGUGUAAAUACAAAUGUAUUUAAUUUUUCAAACCUUUAUAUUAACCCCCUUAUCUUCUUUGUACAAUACCCGUCCGUGCCUGUAAUGUUUUUUAAGUGACAAAUCCAGCUAUUUUUCUCCCACUAGAAACAUUUUUAUACAACAAUUAAUGAAAGUGAAAGUAUGGGAUUUUUGUUUUCCAUUAUUCUAAAUACAAGCAGCAGUCGGGCGGCCAUGUUUGGUCGUCGCACUAUGCAUCCUCAGAAAGCCAUGGAUCAAAACAAGCCGUGCCUCUUUAGUGUGUUUAAUCUGGCAAGCAGCACUCAGAUUUACGCGCUCUUCCAGCGGAAAGGGUGAUUAAAAACGGCAACGAACUGGAAUAAGUGAGUUUUCUUUGUAUCCUGAUUUUUUUUAAAUUUUUUUAAAUCACUGGAUUUACUCAGAAAACAGCAACAAUUGCAUAUGGAUUUUAAAUGAAUGGUCAGUGUCUGCUGUUUCCUUGAUUGGAGUGCAGUAGGAAUAAUAAUAUCUUCCUGUUGCCCUUUGACUGUUCACUUGUUUCCCUGAAUGACGUCUAGUUAUCUGUCGAGAGUCAUCCUCACCUCUAAAAAGUCAACAUUCUGUCACACAGAGGCAUGGUCUUGUGUUUACAAAGUGUUAUAUGCUACUACUUCUACUUUCAUGCAUGUCUAACAGUUAACAGGGUUUUUUUUUCCAACUGGGAGCUUUGUUAUGGGAGGAAACUGGAUACAGUAAUAUUGUAUAUUCUGGAAAGGCAUUUUAUGUCGAAAAACUGCAGCGACAACAAUAACUGGUUACGUUUUGAUAUGAAAUCCCUGCUUUGUCAUGAAGGUCGUGGAUUGCAAUAAACUGGAAAUAAGAUUUAUAGAAGGGU